GUCUAGUCCGCUCCGGGUACACUAAACCUCCCACACAGCCAACCCCACGAUUUACAACUACCCAAAUUCUUUCCAUCAACCUCACUCGGAUUAAUUCUUCCUUGUCAACUACUUGCAAUGGCUCCCACUCAUCGUCGUGGACCCUGGGUUCCCGAAGAGGACCAGUUGCUCCUUCAGUUGGUUCGCGAACAAGGCCCCAACAACUGGGUCCGCAUCUCUCAGCACAUGCACUACCGCUCGCCCAAGCAAUGCCGGGAGCGCUUCCACCAGAACCUCAAGCCCUCUUUGAACCGUGAGCCCAUCUCAGCUGAGGAGGGCUUGAUGAUCGAGCGGAUGGUCAACGAAAUGGGCAAGCGCUGGGCCGAGAUUGCACGACGCCUUGGAAACCGCAGCGACAAUGCAGUUAAGAACUGGUGGAACGGCAGCAUGAACCGCAAGAGAAGAGGCCUCCCUACCUCCAGCUCACCUCACGCCGGACGCACGAUGCACGGACGGGUCGAGGCCCCAUAUGCGCGGGCCUCUCUGGGCUUGAGCAGCCCCAUCAGCCGUUCUCGCUACUCUUCCAUCUCCCACGACCGACCUCUGACUUCCUGGACCAAGUCUCCUUCAUCUCGGAGGGAUUCCUUCUCCGCCUCUUCCAUCGACUGCCCCCGCCAGUUGACCCCGAUCUACACACUUCCUGCUCUUAACCGUCCUGUCGAAACUCCUCUCACCUCGCCUGCCUUCUCGGAAGCUUCUUCCAUGGAGCCUCCCUCCAUGAUCUCGGACCACAACUCCGUCUCUUCCUCCUCUCCCAGGACCAUCGCCUCGCCACAGCUUCUUCCCCUUCCGGUGGACAUGAGACAGCAAUACGGCGACUUCCGCAGGCAGAGCACUUCGGAUGAGAUCUAUGCCUACCACGAUCUCUCGUUGAAGCAACGGUGGAUCUCCGAUCACCAGCAAUGGAACCAGCACUCUCCGCUAUCUCCCACAUGGUCUGCUCCGAUCGAAGACAAGACAGAAGCCCCGCGCGACUCGCGGAUGGGUCUUCAGAACUUACUCAACUAAAUGACGAUAGCGACCAUUGCUGGAUAUGAUCAACGAACUUUUCUUCUGUCAUCGAUUCUCUAUGGGAAAUUUUAUGUACAUG